GUGAUGUGCAAAAGUGCCAUUUCCACAAUUUGGAAAUAAUGUUCUGAAACGACUACCCUGCUUAUAUCGUAUCAUGUCUCUGAAAUGAAGUUCCACACAGUCCAAAGAUGGAGUGCUGAAUGUGCAGAACAAGAUCCUAAGAUAUUGAUGCAUGUUUGUGUCUGCUAAAAUGAGGCUACAAUAUCCAGAAUGGAAUGUCAUAACAUUCAUUGAAGAACAGUUCCAAUGUCAUAAAUAUGAUGUUGCUACCCACCCACCAAGGAAGUCACCAUAUACUUUUCAGAUGAUGCAUGUUGUUUUUACUAAAAAAAAUGAAUAAUGUACUUUCAAAACUGAGCUUGCUGUACACAAAAAUCUUUUAAAGCAUUUCAGAAUGAACUUGAAAUUAAAUCACACUACAACAUCAUUGAAGAACUUGUUUUUGUAAUUGUAAUGUACAAUUUUCAUCUCCAAGUCCAGAUUUGUUCAAGUUUUAAAAUAAAGUCAUAUUUACAAUGGAGCUGGAAUCCAUUAAAAAGAAUGUAAAUGUAACAACUUUAAAUGGAGAGGUGAUCUCUUUUAUUGUAUCCAAGGAAAAACAUCCUUGUGGGAAAAAUGUUCACAUGCUGAAGUUCAGAAGAAUGGUGUUUAAUUCAGAAUCAGGGAAAUGGAUGAACAAAUUUGCAGGGAAAUACGUCACAGAUAAAAAAAGUUCCUAUUCGCAAAUUGUUGCAUGUAGUUGCACUAUUGAUUCAAGAACAGGACAGAAUUUUCCUUGCAUCUUGCUGAAGAAGCAUAAAAAAGGUUCUACCUUUGGAUAUAUUUUACUAAUAUUGCAGAAUUCAAAUAAAAUUGAGCAUCAUUUGGACUUUGAACUGGACUAUGAAAUGAAAGAGAAUCUAACGCUCUUGACUGGGCCUAGUGUUUAUUGGAGUUGUGGCAAUCAAGUUUUACAUGUAUCUCUUCAAACAAAUGGCAUUUUAAGCAUUCCACUUUUGUUUACUGCAGUUACAUGGAUUGGAGAGAUUUCUGAUGGAGAUAUUAUUAUUCUGGGUACAAGGAAAAUGGAUAGACCUAUAAAACAAGAUAAAGCUGCAGUACAUAAAGCUGAUAAACAGAUUUGGGGUAGUGAAUUUAUCACUUAUUCUAUAAAAAAGAAACAAAUGUGCAAUCGCCGUUUCAUUCCAAAUGCUUACAGCUCAGUGGUUACACAUAUACUCAACUGUCCUUUUGUGAAUGCUGACAAUCCAUUAAAGACCACGAUUAUAGCAAUCACAUGCAAAAAUCAACUGAUUAUAUUUGAAAAUUGUAUCCCCAAGAAUAUUUGCCAGCUUCCUUUUGAAGAUGCCUGUGAAAUAAAAAUGGCUACAACUGGCAGAGAGAAUCAUCUCAUCCUUUUAUCUUCGAGAAGUGGAAAUGUUUGUGCUGUCUCAAAGGAAAGUUGGCAGGUUGUUGCUGUUUGGGAAGACAUAUGGUCAAUACAGUUGGAUGAUUUCUUAGGUAUUGGGACAGAACAAAUUUUAUUGUUCGCUAGGGGAUGUUCCACUAUUGAAGAUUGUUUGAAAGAUUUUAUACUGACUGAUCUCGGCGAAUAUAGCUACAGAGAUAACUCUGAGCUUGCCGAAGACAAAACAAUGCAAAUUAAUAACACAGCACAUGUGAAUCGUCACCACACAGUUCAAGCCUUGGAGGCAAGGCUACAGUCAGGCUUAACAUCUCUUAAAGAGCUGAAGCAUCUGCUAAGAUCCAAAGAAAGAGUAUUACUUCAGUCUUCCAAGGCCUUAAUAAAUCUUAUUGAGGGAAAGCAUUCCCCAUUACCCAGUGCUGAAGAGGAAGGUUUAGUUUCUCUCUGGCAUGAUGAAGGUACUGACCUACAGAUCUCUACUGAAAAGAUUUCCUCUACCGAUCAGACAUUAACUAACCCAGUACAGAAGAUCUGGCAACGUGUAGUAGAUGACUGCUGGAUUGUAGGAGCACAAAUAUCUGAAUCCGCCACACUAAUAUUUGAUUCCAUGAGUUUGUCACUAGUGAUGGAUCCUGACCCUCUAAAUGCUGCUCCAAUGAUUCACUCUCAGAGUAAAGUACUGAAGCUAAGAAAACCUGGGGUAUCACCAUUACUUCUUCAGUGUCCAGUAGAACCUCCAUUUAAAAAAUCAAGACUGGACUUGCAAGAUAUAAAAGAUCUGAACAGCUGCCGUAUAGAAGAUCCAUGUUUUCAGAUUUACAAAGAUCAUACACAAACCAUCACAGCAGUAACAAAUCUUUCUCCACUGCUAGUUUUCAGUAAUAUUCACUGUUCUGUUUUACUGCAUGGUAUGAUGAUGGGUUCUAACCAGAAAACUAUCUCACCAUGUGGGAAGGUAUCCUUAAACCUGGAGGACAUCUGGAAUGAAAAGUAUACAACAGUCUUAAUGCAGAAUCCUUCGCUAUGUACAGAUGAAGCUGCUGAAGACUUUUAUGCAAUUAUAGCCACUUCCCAAAGGUCAUUCUUCAGAAUAUUAUCCCGUGACUAUACACUUCCUCCAGUGAAAGAUUGGCUAUUGGGUCCAAUGCAAUGUGAGCCUCUGAAAAUCUAUCCAGAAUAUUGGCGGUGCUUAAAAAUGGGGUUUCUCCUCAACUGGCGUCUCCAAAAUCCCUUUAAAGGAAUUUUAACAGUGAUAUGGAGGAAUAAAUCAGUUUUGCUGAUGUUCCUUCAUAGUCUUAUUGAAGUCCUUACACAAGAUUGUGAAAUAACACACAUGAGACCUGGAAUUGAAGACCAAAUGACAGACGUUUUGGGACAUGAUCUUGAACAAGAGGCACUGGCGUUCAGAAAUUGCAUUAUUUCUGCAAUUGGAGAAGCUGAGAAUGAAUUCACAAUGAGAACUAAAGCAGAGAAAAAGAAGAAUAUUUUUCUCAGCUCUCCUCUGUUAGACAGUGAGGCAAAAUUACAGGAGUACAGAGAAAAGUUCAAAGUCGAACAAGAACAAAGUAUUUUGGGGAUGAACCUGUCAAUCACAGUUCCUCAGUACAGACAAAUAACAAAGGAGCUGACUGACAUGCAGCUGAACACUGAUAGCUCUGCAUGGAGGCUCAGUAGAUUCCACACUUCAUUUUCUGUUUAAUAAUUGAGAUCUAAUUUCCAUGCAUUCAACAGAGAAGAUAAUGUGAUAAGACAAAUGUGCAUAUUUCUUUCAUCCCUUUUGCUGUUUUCAUCCCUUGGAAUGCUGUUGUUAAAAGUCUUUGUCCUGUCUCCAGAACAGUUCUAAUGCUCAUGUAGAGCUAUGCAUGUUGUUGUCACUAUAACAAGCUUCUCUAUUUAGUUACUGCUUUGGAAAUGGGGAGAUUGUAUGAAAGGUUGGUAAUUGAGGAAGAUGGUAGGAGAAACCUAAUUGUUAAUAGGUGUUACAAUACUUCAUUUUUAAAAUUGUGUUUCUGUCUUAAUAUAUUUUGUAGUACCCAUUGGUAUUAUUUGCAUCAAAGAUACAAAUGCUACAUCAAAAUUAAAUUUCAAUUCUGUUUAA